GCAUGAUCAGCACCUUGGUAACGAAAACACUUUCCUUCUGAAAAGAAAGAUCUGCGCUUAAACGAUGGCAAAAACAGUGAUUUCAGCGCUGUACCCACCACUGGUGGAUCCAACGAGAACGCCACUUGCUUAUGGAGACAGAGCUGUGCCAAGAUUGAACCGUGAACUCAACGACAAUACACUCCUGACAAGACAGAGGGCGCUUAUGUCUCUCUGUGAUUAUCUCCAUGAUCCAGAACACAUCGCUGAAGUUCUCAAUUCACCAAUCCCGGAAAGUUUGAAGAACCUGCUGACCGACUCUGACCUCACCGUUCGACAAAAGGCUACAGAGUGUUUAUUUGUUAUUGCUGGACAUGCCAUUGGUAGAGAUUCAUUCCUGGAAAAGGAAAUAAUUAUCCCCGUCUCUAAGUUGUUUGAUGACAAGGAAGACAUUGCAAGAAAAAAUGCGCACAAGGCCAUCGAAAUGAUAUCAGAAACUCCCGAUGGGGCAGAAGGCAUUGUCAAAUCUAAUCUUAUUCCAAAACUUGUGGGGAAACUAAGUACCGAGCAUGAUGAAAUCAGGGAACUUAUCUUAGACACUCUUCACUUCUGUAUGUUUUUUAACACGGCAGAAGCACUCAGCAAUAAGGACAUGCAGGUGUUCCAGGAGGUCCUCGCAGCCGAGGGCAUGCAGGUGUUUACGGAGUUACUCUCACAUGCAUCGUGCGUCAUUCGAGCCAAAGCUGCCCGGGACAUCAUGGACUUGAGUGUCCCCCUAGCCGGCAAAAAUAAAGCUGUAGAGGUGAAGUGUAUGCCCUUGUUAGUCAAACUCUUGAAGGACAGUGAAUCUGAAGUGAGAGCAAAAGCUGCCCUUGCGAUCAUGACCAUAACGAUCACAACAGAUGGUAAAUACGAUGCAUUGGACUGCGAGGCCAUAGAACCAUUGGUAGAAUUAGUGGACGACCCAACCAGUGAAGUCAGGGCAAAUGCUAUCAAGGCUUUAACCUGUUUAUGCGAGGCACCUAAAGGACGUAAAAUACUUCUCAACCAUGUGGACAAAAUACGUGAACGAACAUUUGAUGAAAUACCAGCUGUAGUCAAAGUUGCAGAGAAGGCUGUGAAAGUGAUCACGUGGAAACCUUGAAUAUUCUUGAAAAUUACUCAUUGAGGACCUUUACUCUUCAAAAGGAUAGUUCAAGUCAAAUUAUCAUUGAUGAAAAAACGACUUAGUUUUGGGUUUUUCCUGAGCGUGUUAAAAGCUAGUGUUUUUACACGUUGACUGCUUACCCCAACUACAAGCUUUUGCACGGUACUUGGGCAAUGCAUAAGUUAUGCUUUUCUCUUCGUGAGCAUUCGGUGACCUCAUUGGUCAAGUGUUGACUCGUUUUUAAUGCGUUGAACUCCAGGUGGGUACGAGGAAGUUUAUUCAUCUUUGGUCAUAGAGAAAGCAUCUAUCGCAAGGUACUAUCCACUUGCUUCCUACCUGGCUGCUACCUAUAAAUUCCCUUUACUCCUCUUUAUUGUAUUGUCAACUGUGAUAAAUGUAAAUAGCUAUUAAUUGUAAAGUGGUGGCAAAUAUUGGGUUUACAGUACUGCAAAAAAUGUCGUGCACACUUGUUGUUAGAUGAUAUAUUGUGUACAUUAUGUAUGUAAAGCAAAUAAACGAAAUCAUGUCCUA